GCCAUUGUCAUACACACACCACAAUUUCAAAUUCCUCAUUCGAAAUGACUGAGGAGACACAAAGCGCCCACAGCGCUCCAAAGUACCAGAGGGUCGCAUCUCAACCUGAAAAUCCGUUCUCUCAGCUCAUAUCGGACCAAGAAAUCGCAAUUAUACCAUCAUUCACACUCGAAUCAGGAGUCACGUUGUAUAAUGUUCCCAUUGCAUAUACCAGACGAGGAAAAUUGUCUCCUAACGGGGACAAUGCGCUGGUCAUCUGCCAUGCAUUGAGCGGCAGCGCUGACGUAGCGGAUUGGUGGGGACCUCUUCUUGGAGGUUCAGGCCAAGCAUUUGAUAUUACACGAUUCUUUGUCGUUUGUUUAAACAGCCUGGGAAGUCCUUAUGGUAGUGCCAGUGCUGUUACGAACAAAGACGGCGAUCCUGCUAAAGGACAAUAUGGGCCGGAAUUCCCCUUGUCAACCAUAAGAGAUGACGUGAGAAUCCACAAACUAGUACUAGAUGAUUUGGGGGUCAGGCAGAUCGCAGCUGUUGUCGGAGGAUCCAUGGGAGGGAUGUUGACACUUGAAUAUGCCUACUUUGGAAAAGACUACGUUCGUGCCAUUGUCCCAAUUGCAACAUCGGCUCGUCACUCUGCAUGGUGCAUUAGUUGGGGUGAAGCCCAGCGACAGUCGAUUUACAGCGACCCCAAAUACGAAGAUGGUUACUAUUCAUUUGAAGACCCCCCUGCGACUGGCUUAGGAGCCGCGCGUAUGUCAGCCCUCUUGACAUAUCGCAGUCGCAAUUCAUUUGAAUCGCGAUUUGGCAGGAAUGUGCCGGACCCGUCGAGAAGGCAGAAUAUCAACGGUACUGAAAAGCUCCCGACACCUCCAAAUGAGCAUUGGGUGGUACAUAACGAUGGACAUAAGAGUACACGCUCUUCGCGUCCUUCUAGCGCGUCAAAUUCACCUAGACAACAAUCCGAAAUCGAAUUUACCGACCCUCAAUUCAGCGGAACCACGACUUUUACUGCACAGGCCCCAGUCCCUAAAGCCCCUCGCCCAACGACAUAUUUCUCAGCCCAGUCGUAUCUACGGUAUCAAGGCGAGAAGUUCGUUAAAAGAUUUGAUAGCAAUUGCUACAUUGCAAUCACCCGCAAGCUUGACACACAUGAUGUGUCUCGUCAUCGCGCAAAACCUGAUUCAACUGCACCGGUUCAAGAUGCUUUGGCGCAAAUCGAACAACCUGCUUUGGUCAUGGGAAUUGAGAGCGAUGGUCUGUUUACCUUCGAAGAACAGAAGGAAAUUGCCGCUGGAAUUUCGGAUUCUCGUCUCAAAAAAAUUGAUAGCCCUGAAGGUCACGAUGCAUUUCUUCUUCAAUUUGAACAAGUCAAUCGUUAUAUUCUAGAAUUUUUCCGGGAGGUUCUUCCCGAUAUCAUGUCGAAGCCGGAUAUCGAGGGACAUGCUGGACCUGAUAGUGUAGGAAAAUUAACCAAGAGCAGCACUUUUGGUGAGGCAGAGGUCGAUGAUAUCACUGCAUGGUAGCUGAUGCACUCUUGCAUGUGGCAGCAUAUUCCGGCCAUCUGAGUGGCGUUCUUCGACUAUGGCAGUUGUACCGGAAGCUUCAGCGCUCCCCCAAAUAUGGUAGGGAACGCCUCUCAUUGAUUAUAUGAGGGACAAAUACAUUCCGUCGAGGCUUUGCUCUCGAUAUUAGGUGGUGUCAUCGUCAACCGAUGAGGGUAAAAAACGAGCAUCCAACUGUCUCGUUUGCCCUGCUCCGUCCACCCACCGUGCAAAAAGAAGCAUCCAACUGCUAAUCAUCCGAAGUUCAUUAAAUUCAUUAUCCUCAACGAGAACCUAGAGAUGACCGGUUUCAGUCUAUUACUUGGUUAGAUCAUUUAUACUAGUACUAAAGACAUCAUUAUUACAAUUGACAUUAUUUUCUCUAA